AUUAUGAGUACAAAGUUAGACAGUCAAUUGUCAGCAAGCUUACAGCGUCUUGAAGCUAUUGUUAAACUAUUAUCAGACAAAAACAAUGGUGUGAACAUUACAACUGUAAAAACAAUGUGGGAAACUAUACCAGAAGUUUGCACUGGUUCUGAUAUUGUAACAUGGAUUCAGAAACACCUAAAACUUGAAUCUAGAGCUGAAGCAUUAGGAGUUGGGAAAGGUUUAGCUAAGUAUGGAUAUAUUUUUCAAGUAAUUGAUAGUAAACUCACAUUAAAAGAUGACUCGGCAUACUAUAGAUUUCAAAGUAGUUAUUAUUGGCCAACCAAAGAAGUAACUAUAACAAAUAAAAAUUAUGCUAUUCAUUUAUGCAAGCGCUUAUUUUCCAAUAAGAAUAGAUCAAAUCUUGACACAUCAGAAAUGGACCAACUUUCAAGACUUCAAAAUGCAAUGGGUCAUAUUUGGGAAAGCAUUUGGAUUGAUGCUGAAGCAGCAUACAAAGUUGACAAAAAAAAGCAAAAACCAGAGAAACUUAUAAUUGAAAGUCAAGAACGUGCAUUUUGGAAUCUGCACAAGCCUUCUUCAGAUUCUGAUUAUGUUUUAUCUGUUGAUCCGCUAAAAUUUAAAAAAAAACAAGAAAAAAGAAAACUUCAUACUGAUGUUGUUUCUAGCAGCCCUAUGGUUAGAAGAUCUUCAUUAGGAUCUAUGAAAAGUUAUGAUUCACUUUUAUAUUUACCCAAAUCUGAAUCACUUACCGCAAUUGAUAGUUUAAUUUUUUAUUGUAACCAGUACCAAAUAUUUGAUCCAUUUAUGCGUCCAACUGAUUCUGCUUCAACAUUUCAUUCUGAUGAUCAAAUCCAACAAGAUAAUUUUAAAAAAGUUGGAACUUCUGUGGAGCGUUGGAGUUUAAGCUUAGAUGAAUUAUUACGCGAUCCUCAAGGGGUAAAAGUUUUUUUAAAACAUUUAGAAAAAGAGCACAGCUCAGAAAAUUUACGAUUUUGGUUAGCUUGUGAAGAAUUUCGUUCAUGUCCACUAAAAAAGUUAAAAGAGAAAGCUGAGGCAAUAUACAAUGAAUUUUUAUCAAGAAAAGCUAUUUAUCAAGUAAAUUUAGAUUCGAAGCUGAUGCAAACUGUGCGUGAAGGAACUUCAAAUUUAAAUCAUUUUAUAUUUUUUCCUGCCCAACAAGAAAUAUUUAGACUAAUGAAGUCAGACAGCUAUCCAAGGUUUUUAAAAUCUGAAAGUUAUAAUCUGUUGCGACAGGAAUCUAUUAGCCCAGCUCAGCGAGGCCAAAGAAGAGGCUUACUAUCAAUGUUAACCAGUCCUCAGCAUAAGGUAUAAGAACAUGCAGACAAUAUUUUUAAAAAUAAAUAUAUAUAUAUAUAUAUAUAAAUAUAAAAUGCUUUUCAUUUUUUGAUCAAUCAUUGAGAAAAUUUGUUAUAUUAUAAAUAAUUAUUUUUAUUUGACAUUCUAACUAGUGAUAUUUUACAACUGCAAUUUAUAAUUUCUGUAGUUUAAGUAAGUUUUAUUUUUUAAGAAAAUAAUAUAUUAGAUAUUACAUUAGUAGUAAUGAAUAUUAUAGAAGUUUAAUAAAGUAAAUCCAUUAAUAAAACAGACAUAUGGGAUUGUCCAUAAAUUACGUCACGCAAAUUUUUACUAUUUUUGACUACCAAAUCCUACCACCCUUUCCCUACCUCUCAUCCCGCUUUGUCACAGCAUCCUAACUUUUUAGUAAUAAGUCCCAUACGAGUUGUCACAAAACAACUAACCCUCCCCCCUUCCCCUAGAGUGUGACAUUUAAUGGGCGUCCCCUAGAGCAAAAAAAAUUAUUUUUAUAGUAACUUGUAUAUGCAAUAACAAAUUUUAAAUGAAAUCUGUAUCUUAUUAAAAUACAGAGCAAAAUAUAUAUUUAAUAUACGCCAUUAAUUUUAACGUAUACUGUAAAUUAUAUCUUGUAUAGAAAUAAUUAAAUUAUUUUUGUACUAAAGUAAUUAUAUAUUAAAAGAAUUGUUUUUGGUUUUCCAUAAACAUUUAAUAAUAUUGCACUGUUUUACGAUCUGUUGACAGCUGUCUUGUUCUAUAAUUGUCUUUUCUGUAUAUUUUUAGUAUUAAAUUUAAAUAUGGGUUUACUUUUUGGGUUUGAAUUUAUAUUUGAAAAAAACUAACGUUUGCAGAGUUGAAUAAUUAAUAAAUUGAUUUAUUUUCGGUUAAAAUCUAUGUGAUAAACUUAGCGUAAACAAAUGUUAUUUGUUAUAUUAUUACAUUAUUUAUAGUUUUGCUAUAUAAUUUGAUUGCAUAUCUAACUGUUUCUUCACUUGCUAUUAAUAUGAAUUUUUUCUGUAACAAUUUUUUUAUAAUUCAUAGAGGCGUAGCAAGGAAGGUGAAUGUAUAUAUAACAUAUGUAGCCUCAACUUCCGAGCUACGGAAUAUAUUAUAGUCGUUGUAAAAAAUUAAAAUCAAAA